AGGAUCUGGGCCCAAAUUAGUUUUUUGGUAAUUCUUGUCGGGGCUCAAAACUAAUGUGACAUUAGCCCAUCUUUUUUCCCGUUUUAGCCUCACGCGCGUCUAAGGAAACGGAAGAGUUCUUUUGUUUCUCCCGAGGUGUUCAUGCGUGUAUAUGUGGGGUUCUCUUAAAUGAAUUCAUAUUCUUCUGCACUAGACUGUUGAGUUUCUUUGUUCUUCUCUCUAUUUUUCUUCCUCCAUUAAAACCCUAAUUGCGAUCAUUUCUCCCAGUUUUCUUACCAUCUUCCGUCGCUUUCCUUUUUUGUCACACGGAACUGCAACCGCUUCGCCGUCGCGACUUGCCGGAGUGUCUGUGCCCCCGUUUAUAGCGUUAACGCGGUGGAUUCAUCCGAAGAUAAUAUGGCUGAGUUGGAGCUUCCUUCCCGAUUGUUCGCCGAUAGAGAGGAACCUGCUGGUGAUAGAGUUAAUAUGUACUUUAAGCUCAACACGAUCAAGGCUGUGCUCAAAGCCCUUACGCCUGAAGAGCUUGAUACCAUUAGGCCGUGCUUCGGGAAACUUCUUGAUGUCUACUCCAAACCGGUGUUCUCUGGCAAAUUGGCUCACUUUCUGUUAACCCGCCAGCUCAAUGUUGUAAAGCGACACGAGAUAUGGGUUGUUUUUGCUGGCAAACCGGUCCGAUUUUCUCUCAGUGAGUUUGGUUUGGUCACCGGCCUAAAUUGUCAGCCUCUUCCAGCCCUGGAUAGAGCUUUAACCAAGUGUCCUCCCGGCGUCACUCCCUACUGGUUCACUCUGUUUGGUGGUGAAAAAUGUUUCACCGGAGAGAUGUUGUUGGGCAAGCUUCGAAGGCCAAAGGCACUGUCUAGUGAAGUGAGAGUCAAGUAUGCCUAUUUGUUACUUGUUGAUGGUUUUCUUUGUCGUCGAUCAUUCCACAUGAAGAUUCCUAAGGAGCAUGUGGAGAUGAUUCGUGAUCUUGAUGUCUUUUUGAAAUACCCUUGGGGGCGCUACAGUUUCGAUAUGACAAUGCAAUGCAUUAAGUCAAGAUCUCUCAAUCAAUUAGCUCAAGCAACUAUGGCUAUUCAAGGUUUCAUCCAUGCACUUGGUCUGGUUUUGGUGGAGGCGGUCCCAGCUGUUUUGUCUGCUGUUGGUGAAAUAACUGACCCCGAGUCUGGGGAUGAAGAUGUUUUCCCAGUUAUUUCACUGAAACUGGAUAAGGUUUGGGACCUCGACAAAGAUUCCAAGGUUGAUGUCUUCUCUAUAAUACCUGCGCCCCACGAUGUUGUUGGUUUAGAAGAUUGUAGUUGGGCUGAUGAGGUCCGUGAACUAGGUGCUGAAGUUAUUCUUUCUAAAAUUGAAGAGGGAUACGAAUUCAACCGGGGGAUGUUUGUAGGGGGACUUAGAGGCGCUGUUUUGCAUGUGGAGGCUCCUCCUCGGGUAGUUAACAAAGGUAAACGCAAAGUUUGGUCCAGGCAUAGUGGUGAACAUCUGGUCAGAGGUGGAUCCUCCAGGGAAAGAAAUUGAAGGUUCGUAGUGGUAAGGGU